AACCGGAAGAACCCAAACACUUAUCCGGGCACAGCAUUAUGUGCAGGUAUAUUGAGGGACGUACUAUACAUGAAUUCAUGUAUAAAUCGUGUUUCCGUACGUACGAUUUAAUCUAUUGUCGAUCUGACUCAAGACUGGUUUGACCGACUCACUACAUCCCAAUGGCUCCUCAAAUAGUUCUUAUGACCGGGUGUUCAGCAGGCAUCGGUCUUGCGACAGCCAAACGUCUUGCUCUGGACAUAGAUCAGCAUUACAUCGUCAUAGCCACCGUCAUCGCCAUGUCGGAAAAGGCGAAUCUAGUGGCCGCCGUAGAGGGCUCCCUGAAUAAAACAAUUUUUAUAAGGGAGUUGGAUGUUACAAACGAUACCAACAUUUCCGACGUAGUUCGUGACGUCAUUAGGGAACAUGGCAGGAUUGAUAUAUUAAUCAGUGUUGCUGGAGUAGGAUUCGUUGAAAUUCCCGAAAGGGUCACGCGGGAGCAGAUCGACAAAAUUUUCAGCGUUAACACUAUCGGACCAAUAAGACUAGCUCAGGCGGUCUUGCCUCACAUGAAAGAGAGAAGAGCGGGUAGAAUUGUCGUUGUAUCGAGUGACAUGUCUAGGCAAGCUUGGCCAUACUUCGAUCUUUACUGCGCAACAAAGUUCGGUGUUGAGGGGUUCUUCGAAGCUCUGGCAUCCAGCGUAAGAGCUUUCAGCAUUAGGGUGUGUCUAGUGGAGCCAGGCCCGAUCACUACCGGGCUUUUGGAUAGUCUACAAAAUGACUUGAAGAAACUGAUAAACGACAAAACGGUAGAUGACAUCGAACUCCGCCAGCUUCUUGGACUGAAUCGCGACUUGUCUGACAUGGAGAGAACCCGCAGUGCGGACGAUGUCGCUGCGGACUUGGCCACGCGGUGUUUAGACGUCGAUGAACCGGUACUUCGACACCUCCUUCUAGACGAUAAAUUCAUGAAUGCUACCCGAGAAGCGUUGGCGGACCUUACAGGAGAGAGUACGGUUGCCUCCAUGCGCCAACAACUUGGACAUUGAACGGUGCAUGAGAAUUUUCUCCAAGUCAAGAUGCGGAAAAGAGGCAGGGCUUUAUACGAGCAUGCGCAGGGUUACAUAAUUUUGCGACCGAGUACGCGAAUUAUAGGAGCGCGCUGCGUACUCACAUUUGUUUCUCUGUGCAUAAUCGACGAAGUUGGUAAAUAUAUCGCAAAAUUGGAGAUGACGUCAGUUUUACGAAUGAUGCUUACUCUUACAUCGGCAUUUUCUUUUCUUCCUGGGUACAUUUUUCUUUCAUCCAAAUGAAUAGCAUGAAUCAAAGUACAGCACUUUUUUUUUAAUGAGACCUGGCGUUGUUUCAUGAAAGUUGUCAGCGCUGACUAAAUUGUCAGUGCUGACAAUGUCAGUUAAAUCCUUUUGUUUUGAUUGGCUGAGAGGCACUUACCUCUGACUGUACUAACUGUAGGAGAAAGACAAGUUGUCAUUGCUGACAACUUUCAUGAAACGGUCCCCCGUUCAUAAUAGCAUAUGCCCUUAACUCUUCUGUGAACUUUGCCAAAAGAUUACAAAAUCACUAUUUACGAAAAUAGGCCUACAGUAGACAUGGUACAAUUUUAUUUUAUUUUCAAUGAAUUACACAAAGCAGCCCAAAAUGCUGAAUUACAUGCACUCAAAAAAAAUAUUGAGUAAGAGUGCUCCAUGAGGGUAAUUAUGUGUCCAACCAACAUUGGGCAUUUUCUUAUUUAUCCAGUGCGAUGAAAAAUUUGCCCAUUUUAAAUUAAUUGCUGCUUAUAUUUAACCUUACUGGACAAUAUGCUUCCGGUGUCAUAGGAUUUUUGGCCCGGGUACCGGCGGUCCAAAACGGCUAGUUGAUUAGUACCGCCAGUACAAAACGACUAGUCGAUCGGGCCCCCCGGAUCCAAAUGACUGGUUGAAAUUUUUGCCGAAACGACAGGAGAGCCGCCGUUUGGUUCCGUAUUCGUCAGAAUGUAGUAAAUGUAGUAAAUAUAUAUAAAUAUCUGCUUUGGUGAAAUGUUUCAAAAUAUAUAUUGGUGUGAUUUUUUAUGUAAUUUCAUCCCAAUUAUUUAUAUAAUUCGGUCUAAAACUAAAAAUGUUGGUACAUCUAGAUAAGAGGUAUUUCAGCCUCGUACGUUAGGUACCGGUACCUUUUUUUGCGCACGUGCAGCGCUGCACUGCUUGGACAGUUGACACGAUACGACGCGGCCCGGUACCGCACUGUACCACGUCUCCUUUAGGAGUAGGGUGUACCCUAACGACGAUAUACCGGUAUUUGUUUUUAACCUUUUUUUUAUUGUAAAACAUGUUUCGUGAUUUUGUUUCCCAAUGCGAGGAUAUCUCGCAUUGGUUAAAGCAGGCUGGUACUAAAGCGAAGAGAUUCAUAUCAUUCCUAACACAUCCCUUGUCUGCAUAUUACGUCAAAAUCUAUACAUCACAAAUUAUAUAUUUUUUUAAUUAAACAGUCAAAAUUUUGCUCGCACCUUUAAAAAAAAAUUGCGUUGUACGCCAUGUCUGGCCCAAACUUUUGCCUCAUUGCACCACUGGGGUAGAUAGUAUACUAUUUUUUUUAAUUGUUCUUCAUAUUUAUGUGCGCUUUUUGCCUUUUUCCCCUGUGUCCCUCUCCCACUUUAAAAUUUGCCCCGCCGCUCCUGAUUAUUUUCCUCUGUCUUCAUAUUUCUAUAUUUUUGGUAAAAUAUAUAGCGUGAGAAAUGACAUGCGGACAGAACGUCGCUGGUGUUUCAUACUUCAAUGAUCAGUGAAAUGACAAUACAAAUCUUGUAGCUUAUUUCUUGUGCCAAGCUUUGAUCGAAAGCUUUUUGCAAUUAAAGUGAUAUUAAGAAGUACAUAGGCGACGGAAGCGGGGGGGGGGCGAGGGUCCAUGUCCUCCUAAAUUUGAGUGUUUUGUUUGUUUGUUUUUGCUUGUCAAUUUCGUUCCUGCGUCCCCCCUAAAUUUAGGUGGUCCCCCCUAAAAUUUUGUUUGUUCACCUUUUUUCUUUUUGCUUGUCAAUUUUUUUUCCUGUGUCCAACCAUAAAUUCCAGGUAGACCCCCCCCCUAAUUUUUUUGGCUUCCGCCGCCAAUGAGAAGCUAUACAACCAAUUUUGAGUCAUUCAUUCACUUCUAAAUAAAAUAUAUAUAUAUAGGGCCUACAUAAUGCCAGCCAGGUGCGGAUCCAGGAAUUUCCUGGGGGGCAAUUUUGUCCAGAAAAAUUUGACAGGCAAAAAUUUAAAAAAGGGUUAGCACUUGCACAUAUACGGUACUUUUGACUUUUUUUUGGCUCUCAAACUUGGUGAGGCAUGAGCCGGGUGUGCCCUCCCCCCUGGAUCCGCGCCAAAGCACCCCCUCCCUCGAGCUUAAGGUCAGUUUGGUGGCGCGCCCAUGCACGCUCUUUUAUUAUUAUUAUUAUUUCAUCUCCCCCUCUUUUCCCCCUUCAUUUCCCCCUUAUUCCUUCUUUCCUUUUCUCAUAUACUUUUCCCCAUUUUUUGCGAUCUCUUCUUCCUACGUUUUUUUCUCUCCCUUUUAUUUUCAUAUAUUUCCUCCUUUUUUGACUACCCAGGUCCCGUGCCCCACACCCCCCCCCCCAAAAAAAAAAUAUAUAUAUAUGCGCAUAGUGUGUGUCUCAUAUGAGGUGUCACUGAGAGUUCCCUGUGUUUUUGGCAGCCUUAUUGUUGGACUUAGUUUUCUUGUAUUGAUGCAUUCAUUUUGAUUUCUACUUGAUUACUUUGGGGGUUCGAAGAGCAUGCAGCAGUGUUUACCCCCCCCCCCCCCCAUCACCAUAGCGCGCCAAUCUCAUCCUAUUUCUUGCUUGGUUAUGAAGACCAAGACAAACCAGCCAUAUUGGUGGAUAUAAGUUCACACCCCGAAUAGCACUGGGGCACAAAGGGAGCACACAAUGUGAAUAGGGCUUCAUGGCUCCACAAAGCAGCCGUCCCCGGAUGUUUACUAUGUAAUUGGAAGAGUGCUAAAAAUGCAUAUGACUCCCUAAAUAACUUUAGAUUCUCAAAUCGGCAACUGUAUCUGUUCUGUGGGUGUGUUUGACUUGGAGGAGCCAAUUGGUUGAAAAGGACGACUGGAAUAUCACAUUCUUGCUGUAGGGGUGAUAAUGGUGCAUGAACAGCGUAUCGGAACAAAUCGCCUGGUCGGAACAAAUCGACUAUGACGAUCGCAUCACACAACAAAAUCCGGUACUAAUCGACGGGUAAAAGAGCCGUCGAUUAGUACCUCCGGCCCUGAUCGACUGGCCGGUCCAAAUCGCCUAUGACACCGGCACUGGGUAAAAUACUGCCCCCAAAUUGGUUGGACACAAUUAGCCUCGUGUUGCUAAAAAUUCUACCCAAUAUUUUUUUACAGUGAAUUGUCAAUGAUUCGAAUGUCACUUAAAUACAAUUGAUUAUAUAUAUUUACAUUCAUCGAAUCAUGGUCGUUAUGAUAACAAAGUUGAAUAAUUAGUUGCUAAAAUGGACCAGGAAAAAAUAAAAAGAGAGAUGAAGCAGAAGGGUAUUUUGGUUAAAGGAGAAUGAAACUCUUGGAGCAAGUUAGCUUUUGUGAAAGCAGAAAAAUCAAAGAAUAAGAUCAACAAAAGUUUGAGUAAAAUAGGACUAGCAAUAGAAGAGUUAUGAGCAUUUGAAUGUCGAGAUCACUAAUGCUACGGAGAUCCUCUCAUUGGCAAUGCGACCAAGAUCUAUGGUGUCACAGAUGAACAACUCUCCCCUUUUGGACACUGAAAAUAUACCCCAAAACAUCUCUUUUUGCUCAUUCUAAUCAUAUGACAAACGAUUCAUCAAUGAUAUAAUGUCGUGAAACCUCUGUACUUGUCCUCUCAUAAAGAGAACACCUCACCUUGUGAUAGACUCUAUAAAAGUGAGAAUAUAAGUGAAAUAAGUACUAAAGUAAUGAGGGAGUUGUACGUGUGUGACAUCACAGAUCUUGAUCGCAUUGCCAAUGGGAGGAUCUACAUGGCAUUAGUGAUCUCGACAUUCAAAUGCUCAUAACUUUCUUAUUAUUCAUUCAAUCUUCCUCAAACUUUCAACAAUAUGUUUCUUUGAUUUUUCUCUUUGAUAUGGAUUCAGCUGGUUUCAAGGGUUUCAUUCUCCUUUAAGAGCGAGUGGAAUGAGCGAACGCUGGUAAGCGUUUUUUUCUUCAAUCUAAAUUGUCGUUUCCAUAGGCAGCAACCCCUGAAAUUCUGGUAUGUGUGUAAAAUUUGAGAAAUGCAUGUAAAAGGACGAAUAUUUUGUGUUGAAACCCUUAUUUGCUUGUUAUUUCUUAGGACCAAAACGAUCUUCAAUUUGGAGUGAUUUUUUUCAUUAUAACUUAAGUACCCCCACCCCAAGAAUCGCACCGAGGAUCCUGAAAAGUAUGCAGCAAAAAAAAUAUCUCGUCUCGUUUUUGUCUAUUCUAGCAACGCCCCUGGUGUAUGCAGUUCGUGUAGAUUAAAGAAUUUUAUAUAAUAUACUUUGACCUGUUAGAUUAUACAGCUAUAGGUCAGCAGAAAAAAAUAUUAACAAUUAAGGGUCCUCAAAUUUGCGAGGAACUGACCAAAAUUAUUCAGGUCACUGCAAAGUUAUGAUAUUAGACAUCAACGAAUCCAAAAUUCAAGGACACGCGUCCUUUUAUGUAGCGUGUAUUGAAAAAAAACUACCCACAAUAGGACAUGACUUAAAUUUAUUUUAUCCUUUCGGAAUCAAAACCCUUUUAACUUGUCUCAACAAACCCGCAGAUUCUGACCAAUGCAGAAAGGCAAACCUCAUUUAUCACACGAAUACUUAUCUUUCUACAAACAUGACAAAGGGAAGAUAAGAGAUCCAACAUUUACUAUGUCGCUAGGUUUAAUGAUGUCUACGUUUGAACCGUGAUUUUGGAAAUUUGGAUGUGAAAUAAGAAAAUUAUGGCAUUUUAUAGAUUCGCUUAAUUUCAGAAAACCGUUAAAUGUAAUCCUUGUCUGUGUGGAAAAGAGGGGACUGACGCCAUCGUCAACUCGCAAUUUCUUUUGUAUUCCAUUGUAUGAAAUAUUUAAAAAAAUUAUUUCAACUUAUUGUCAUGAGAAAUACAGUUUUAUACCUUGACGGACAUGUGGAAUUACCGGUGUAUUUUUUACAUGUUAUGAUUAAUUCAAGUUGGUCCUCACUGUCAAUUGAAAUGUUUGUUUAAACUGAAAUGAAUGAAUCAAAUUGAAUAAAGUUCAUUACUGAUUCAAGAACAGAAUACAAU